GACAGCGCGCGGACCGCUCCUUCCAAUGGGCGACAGGCCCCAUAUAAGCCGUGGCCUCCCGGCUGCCUGUCCCCACUCGUUGAGCCCGCCCCCCGCCACCGGCCGGAUCGACAGCAUCCAUCUGACCGUCUGCGCGCGGCGGCUCUCACACCGAACACACGCAGGGCGCGCAUAGGCGAGGCGAGGGCCCCCGCGAGGGAUGGUGUGGUCGGCUGGGAUGGCAAUGCGAGGCGCCUCCGCCGCGCUGCUCGUGCUGGCGCUCGUCGCCACCGUGGCGCGCGCGGAGGACCCCUACCACUUCUUCGAGUGGAAGGUGACGUACGGGACGAAGACCAUCAUGGGGACGCCGCAGAAGGUGAUCCUCAUCAACGACAUGUUCCCCGGCCCUACCAUCAACUGCACAUCCAACAACAACAUCGUCAUCAAUGUCUUCAACAUGCUCGACCAGCCGCUCCUCUUCACCUGGCACGGGAUCCAGCAGAGGAAGAACUCAUGGCAGGACGGCAUGCUGGGCACCAUGUGCCCAAUCCAGCCCAACACCAACUUCACGUACCACUGGCAGCCCAAGGACCAGAUCGGCAGCUUCUUCUAUUACCCCAGCACCGGCAUGCAGCGGGCGGCGGGCGCCUACGGGCUCAUCAGCGUCCACAGCCGUGACCUGAUCCCGGUCCCCUUCGACACGCCGGCCGACGACUUCCCGGUCCUCGUCGGCGACUGGUACACCAAGGACCACACCGUCCUGGCCAAGAACCUGGACGCCGGCAAGGGGAUCGGGCGGCCCGCGGGGCUCGUGAUCAACGGCAAGAACGAGAAGGACGCGUCGAACCCGCCCAUGUACAACGUGGAGGCCGGCAAGACGUACCGCUUCCGCGUCUGCAACGUGGGCAUCAAGGCGUCCUUCAACAUCCGCAUCCAGAACCACAUCAUGAAGCUGGUGGAGAUGGAGGGCUCCCACACCAUGCAGAACGACUACGACUCGCUGGACCUCCACAUCGGCCAGUGCCUGUCGUUCCUCGUCACCGCCGACCAGAAGCCCGGCGACUACCUGCUGGCGGUGUCCACCCGGUUCAUCAAGGAGGUGAACAGCAUCACGGCCGUGAUCCGCUACAAGGGCUCCAACGCCCCGCCGCCGGCCAAGGUGCCGGAGAGCCCCAGCGGAUGGGCGUGGUCCAUCAACCAGUGCAGGUCCUUCCGCUGGAACCUGACGGCGAGCGCGGCGCGGCCCAACCCGCAGGGGUCGUACCACUACGGCCAGAUCAACAUCACCCGCACCAUCAAGCUCGCCAUGGGCCGCGGCAAGGUGGACGGCAAGGAGCGGUUCGGCUUCAACGGCGUGUCGCACGUCGACCCCGAGACCCCCGUCAAGCUCGCCGAGUACUUCAACACCACCGACGGGGUGUUCCAGUACGACAUCAUCGGCGACGUGCCGCCCUCCAAGUCCGCGCCCACCAAGAUGGCCCCCAACGUCAUCCGCGCCGAGUUCCGCACCUUCAUCGAGGUGGUCUUCGAGAACCCCGAGAAGAGCAUCGACACCAUCCACAUCGACGGCUACGCCUUCUUCGCCGUCGGCAUGGGCCCGGGCAAAUGGACGCCAGCGUCCCGGAGCACGUACAACCUCCUGGACACGGUGAGCCGGCACACGAUCCAGGUGUACCCUAGGUCGUGGACGGCGGUGAUGAUGACGUUCGACAACGCGGGCAUGUGGAGCAUCCGGUCCAACAUCUGGGAGAGGCAGUACCUCGGCGAGCAGCUGUACGUGAGCGUCAUCUCGCCGGAGCGGUCGCUCAGGGACGAGUACAACAUGCCGGAGACUAGCCUCCGCUGCGGCAAGGUCGUCGGACUGCCAAUGCCGCCGUCCUACCUCUCCGUCUAGAGCAUGCACGCAUCUCGCUCGGUUUCCCCUUCCUUCCAUCACGUGCGCACGGUGCUGUAUACACAAUUUAAAGGAGCGUGAGGGCAGCGGCUUCUCUCGUUUCCUUCUUCUCUAGCUUUGUCCCCCUAGCUCGUUUGUUCUCUCGUCGUCCCGUCGUCCGGUUCAUUUCCGCUUCCGAGGAAUAAUAAUCAACCAAAGGGGCGGGCGACCAGGGAAAUUAAGAGGCGAUGGUCAGCUGCAAAUGCAUUCAUGCGUAAACACAUCGAGACGCCGUCUCGAACCAUUGUAGGAGUUAAGUAUAUGAUGAUAUAUAAUCCUGUCUAUCUAAUAAGUCCCUCAGCCAAAAAUUGUUCUUUAUAUUUAUGUAUAUGUACAUGCAUGUCUCCUGAUUCAACUUUGAUGUUUAUUGUCUCUUUCGCUUUCGUACUGAACUUAUCCGUGUAACUUGGUAUUGGUAUAUGGAUCAAUAGAUUGUUAUUCACUAUA